AUGCUUCCCGGGGUAGGCGUGUUCGGCACUAGCCUCACGGCCCGUGUCAUCAUCCCACUGCUGAAAGACGAGGGCUUCGCGGUGAAGGCGCUGUGGGGCCGCACGCAGGAGGAAGCGGAGGAGCUGGCCAAGGAGAUGAGCGUCCCCUUCUACACCAGCCGCAUCGACGAAGUGCUGCUGCAUCAGGACGUGGACUUGGUGUGCAUCAACCUUCCGCCGCCGCUCACCAGGCAGAUCGCCGUCAAGACUCUGGGCAUCGGCAAGAACGUCAUCUGCGACCGCGCGGCCACGCCGCUGGACGCCUUCCGCAUGAUGUCGGCCGCCCACUACUACCCGAAGCUCAUGAGCGUCAUGGGCAACGUGCUGCGCUUCCUGCCGGCCUUCGUGCGCAUGAAGCAGCUCAUCGAGGAGGGCUACGUGGGCGAGCUGCUGGUGUGCGAGGUGCAGGUGCAUGGCGGCAGCCUGCUGGGCAAGAAGUACAACUGGAGCUGCGACGACCUGAUGGGCGGCGGCGGGCUGCACUCGGUGGGCACCUACAUCAUCGACCUGCUGACCUUCCUCACCGGCCAGAAGGCCGUCAAGGUCCACGGGCUGCUCAAGACCUUCGUGAAGCAGACCGACCACAUCAGGGGCAUCCGCCAGAUCACCAGCGACGACUUCUGCACCUUCCAGAUGGUGCUGGAGGGCGGGGUGUGCUGCACUGUCACCCUCAACUUCAACGUGCCCGGCGAGUUCAAGCAGGACGUGACCGUGGUGGGCUCGGCCGGGCGCCUCCUGGCCGUGGGCACGGACCUGUACGGCCAGCGCAACAGCGCCCCGGAGCAGGAGCUGCUGGUGCGGGACGCCACGCCGGUCAGCAACUCCCUGCUGCCCGAGAAGGCUUUCAGCGACAUCCCGUCGCCGUACCUGCGUGGCACCAUCAAGAUGAUGCAGGCCGUGCGCCAGGCCUUCCAGGACCAGGACGAUCGGCGCACGUGGGACGGCCGGCCGCUCACCAUGGCCGCCACCUUCGACGACUGCCUCUACGCCCUGUGCGUGGUGGACACCAUCAAGCGGUCCAGCCAGACGGGCGAGUGGCAGAACAUCGCGGUGAUGACGGAGGAGCCCGAGCUCAGCCCCGCCUACCUGAUCAGCGAGGCUAUGCGGCGCAGCAGGGUGUCUCUGUACUGUUAG